UGGGAGGUUCAGAACGGGACACGGCACACACCUCUGGGGGCUCUGGUUGGGAGGGAGUAUGUUUGAGGGAGAUGAGAACUACACACGUGUGUCAGAGUUUGUGAUCGUGGGCUUCCCGGGGCUCCAUCCAUCCUUCUUCCAUCUGGUGGCCUGGUUCUUCUUCUGCGUCUAUGUGACCACGGUGGUGGGGAACUUCCUGCUGGUUGUGCUGUUUGCCCUGGAGCACAGCCUGCAGAAACCCAUGUACAUCAUCAUGCUCAGCCUGGCUCUGUCAGAUAUAGGUUUUGCCACAGUGGCCCUUCCCAAUCUGAUAGCUCGGUGGUGGUGGAACGACGGGAGGAUCUCCUUCCAUACCUGCAUGUUCCAGGAACAAAUGAUCCACUAUUUUGGAACGCCUAACUAUUUUGGAACGCUCAACUCUCUCAUUAUGUUGACCAUGGCUAUGGACCGGUACCUGGCAAUAUGUCACCCUCUCAGGUAUCCUAUGUUGAUGACCAACCGGACAAUGAGUGGUCUAACAGUCUUCUCCUGGAUAUCAGCCCAAGUGGCACCUGGCAUCGUCACCAUAGACUUCAGCAGGAAAGUGUCAUUCUGUGGUCCCAACCGUAUCCUCCAUGUCUACUGUGAUGCUAUAGCACUGACUAGGCUGUCCUGCUCCAACAUGGUGGCGAUCAAUAAUAGCUCCUAUGGGCUGGCCAUGUUUGUCCUCCUCGUCCCCCUCUCCCUUAUCAUCUUCUCCUACAUCAGCAUCAUCGUCACCGUGAUGCGCAUGGCCAACGCACAGGGCAGACGGAAAACCUUCUCUACCUGUGGUACUCAGGGAUGUCUCAUUCUUAUCUACUACAUCCCCCGCUUCAUAGUCUACUCCACGCCCUACAUGCCCAACGUGACAAUUACCCCUGAUCUCCGCGUCUGCCUCAGCCUCAUGUAUAGCCUGUUCCCCCCAGUGGCCAACCCGUUCAUCUACUGUUUCAGGACCAAGGAGAUCAGAACCAUCCUGGGGCGAUGGAGACAGCGUUGUGGGAAUAGCCGGACAGAACCGCGGAAACCCAACACCGUGGCUGUUAUCACGAGAUGAGAUACCACACACUGGGGGUUAUAGGGUUAUAACAUGUUAUAAUACAAGUAGGAUAGCCAUCCUGGGGUGCUGGGAACAGGGCUGGAAGAACAACAUUCUGCCUGUCAUCAAUAGACGAGGGGUUAGGUUAUAACAUGUUAAUUCAGAUAUAUAACAUGUUAUUUCAGGGUAAUGACAUGUUAAUUCAGGGUUAUAACAUGUUAAUUCAGAGUUAU